AUGUGCAUAGAUGAGUCAAUAAUACCAUUUGUUGGACGUUUAUCCUUUAGACAAUAUAUAAAAAACCACAGAUAUGGUAUUAAAAUUUUUAAACUGUGUAUACAAGAUGCAUACACCAUAGGAUUUAGAGUUUAUACUGGUAGAGAAUCAGAGCCUGAAUUUGAACUCACAAAUAGAAAGCAUAAUCCACAAGAUGUUGUGAAACACAAACUUAAAAAGGGGGAAAUUGUGGCUCAAAAAAGCAAUACAGGAAUAUUAAUUUUGAAAUGGAAAGAUAAAAGAGAUGUUCUUAUGUUAUCCACUAAACAUGAGGACAAUAUUAGGCAAAUACAAACUAAAAUAGAAACUGAAGUUGGAAAGCCAGAAGUAGUUUUGGACUAUAAUCGAGGAAAAAGCCUAGUUGAUGUGAGUGAUUUAAGAUCUUCUUAUCACACUCCUCUCAGGCGAUCAAUGAAAUGGUACAGAAAGGUAGCGUUUGAAGUUUUAUUGAAUACUAGUGUUAUAAAUGCUCUUAUAUUAUAUAAUAAAGUAAAUAAUUGUAAUAUGAGUGUGACUGAAUUUAGAGAAUCUAUUAUUUUUUCUAUGAUAGACAAACCAGUAGAUACUGAAAUUGAUAAUAUAGAAAUGCAUUCAAUAGUUGAAAAAACUACAAGUAAUAGAUGUGCAAUAAGUUACCAAAAACUUGUCUUAAAGGAAGGUGGUAGAGCUUAUGCUCAAAGUAAAACAAAAAAA